UGGGAGGGCGCGGGCAGGGCUGGCAGCCACCGCCGCUGUUGCCUCCUCCGCUAGGCCGCCUCUUGGCUCCCGGGCGCCCCGCUUCCCUCAACCCCAAACCGGAGGACAACGCGCCCGCCGCCGCCGCCGCCACCGCCUCUCGGCGCUCCCAUGAUCGCCCAGUGCCUUUCGGCUGUGCGAGGCCUCCACAGAGUUGGUGGUUCCAGGAUUUUAUUCAGAAUGACUUUAGGAAGAGAAGUGAUGUCUUCUCUUCAGGCAAUGUCUUCCUAUACUGUAGCUGGCAGAAAUGUCUUAAGAUGGGAUCUUUCACCAGAGCAAAUUAAAACAAGAACUGAGGAGCUCAUUGUGCAGACCAAACAGGUGUACGAUGCUAUUGGAAUGCUUGACAUUGAGGAAGUAACUUACGAGAACUGUUUGCAGGCACUGGCAGAUGUUGAAGUGAAGUAUAUAGUGGAACGAACCAUGUUAGACUUUCCCCAGCAUGUCUCCUCUGACAAAGAAGUGCGGGCAGCAAGUACAGAAGCAGACAAAAGACUUUCUCGUUUUGAUAUCGAGAUGAGCAUGAGAGAAGAUAUAUUUCUGAGAAUUGUUCAUUUACAGGAAACCUGUGAUCUGGGUAAGAUAAAACCUGAAGCCAGAAGAUAUUUGGAAAAGUCAGUUAAAAUGGGAAAAAGGAAUGGGCUCCAUCUUCCAGAACAAGUACAAAAUGAAAUCAAAGCAAUGAAGAAAAGAAUGAGUGAGCUAUGUAUUGACUUCAACAAAAAUCUCAAUGAGGAUGAUACCUUCCUUGUAUUUUCUAAGGCCGAACUUGGUGCUCUUCCUGAUGAUUUCAUUGACAGUUUAGAAAAGACAGAUGAUGACAAGUAUAAAAUUACUUUAAAAUAUCCACACUAUUUUCCCAUCAUGAAGAAAUGUUGCAUCCCUGAAACCAGAAGGAAGAUGGAAAUGGCUUUUAAUACAAGGUGCAAAGAGGAAAACACCUUAAUUCUGCAGCAGCUACUCCCACUGCGGGCCAAGGUAGCCAAACUCCUCGGCUACAGCACACAUGCUGACUUUGUCCUUGAAAUGAACACUGCAAAGAGUACAAGCCAUGUAACAGCCUUUCUAGAUGAUUUAAGCCAGAAAUUAAAACCCUUGGGUGAGGCAGAGCGAGAGUUUAUUUUGAAUUUGAAGAAAAAGGAAUGUGAAGAGAGAGGUUUUGAAUACGAUGGGAAAAUCAACGCCUGGGAUCUCCAUUACUACAUGACUCAGACGGAAGAACUCAAGUAUUCCAUAGAUCAAGAGAUACUCAAGGAAUACUUCCCAAUUGAAGUGGUCACUGAAGGCUUACUCAGCAUCUACCAGGAGUUGUUGGGGCUUUCAUUUGAGCAAGUGGCAGAUGCUCACGUGUGGAAUACAAGUGUUACACUUUACACUGUGAAAGAUAAAGCCACAGGAGAAGUACUGGGACAGUUCUACUUGGACCUCUAUCCAAGGGAAGGAAAGUACAACCACGCAGCCUGCUUUGGUCUCCAGCCCGGCUGCCUCCUCCCUGAUGGGAGCCGCAUGAUGUCAGUGGCUGCCCUUGUGGUGAACUUCUCGCAGCCAAUAGCUGGUCGUCCCUCUCUCCUGAGGCAUGAUGAGGUGCGGACUUACUUCCAUGAAUUUGGUCAUGUCAUGCAUCAGAUUUGUGCACAGACUGAUUUUGCUCGAUUUAGUGGAACAAAUGUGGAAACUGACUUUGUAGAGGUGCCAUCACAAAUGCUUGAGAAUUGGGUAUGGGACAUCGAUUCCCUCCGAAGAUUGUCAAAACAUUAUAAAGAUGGAAGUCCUAUUAUGGAUGAUCUGCUUGAAAAACUUGUUGCUUCCAGGCUGGUCAACACAGGUCUUCUGACCUUACGCCAGAUUGUUUUGAGCAAAGUUGAUCAGUCUCUCCAUACCAACACGUCGCUGGAUGCUGCAAGUGAAUAUGCCAAAUAUUGCACAGAGAUUUUAGGUGUCGCGGCAUCUCCAGGCACAAAUAUGCCAGCUACUUUCGGACAUUUGGCAGGGGGAUAUGAUGGCCAAUAUUAUGGAUAUCUUUGGAGUGAAGUAUUUUCCAUGGAUAUGUUUUACAGCUGUUUUAAAAAAGAAGGGAUAAUGAAUCCAGAGGUUGGAAUGAAAUACAGAAACCUAAUCCUGAAACCUGGGGGAUCUCUGGACGGCAUGGACAUGCUGCAGAAUUUCUUGAAACGUGAGCCAAACCAAAAAGCGUUCCUAAUGAGUAGAGGCCUGCAUGCUCCAUAAACUGGGGAUCUUUGGUAGCAGUCCAUGUCUGGAGGACAAGUCGACAUCACCAUGUGUUACUAGCCCGGAAACUGAAUGGAGUUUUGCAAAUGAAAGUUUAGAUUUCUAUUGACUGUCUUUUGUUUUUCACUUUGAAAAAUUACACAGAUGUAAAUGGAAUUAUAAAUACCAUGACCUAAGAAAAGACCCAUCAGAAAAUAAUUGUACUAUAAAAUUUCAUAACAAUGGAUUUGAUUUCUUUUUAUACAAGUUUCAUAUGAAUGUAAUUUGAUUUUUUACUAUUGUAAUCUAGAUAACAUAAUGUAAGAGGGCUAAGAAUUUUUAAAUUGAAUCAUAUACAUUAUAUAAUUUGAUCCUUCUUUAUAUCUUGAAGUUUUGUACUUGGUAUUUCUGGACUGAUAAAUGAAUCAUCACAUUUCUCUGGUAAA